AUGGAUUCUGAUAACAGAAAGCUUACUGCGCCUUUUGAACCCGUAAGGAAUCCUUUUAUUACGGACGAUGAGGAACCUUACGAGGACACCAGAAAUAGAAAUGUAGUUCCACCAUCACUACAUAUAUCCCCUCCUCAGUCCGAGGCAGAGGACACAUCAGAGAGUACUGAAGAAGAAGUUGAAGGUAAUCGGCUGAGGCUGGCCGAUCUUUUCAAAGUACGUAGGGCAGAAGCAAAUGGAGGUAAACGUCCAAAAUUGUCACUCAAAACAUCUUUGAGCGAUGACGACAUUGAAGAUAAAACCUCUAAUAGUAUACCACCUGCACGUUCUAUGCUAUCAACACCCUCUGUUGGUGGAAGGCGCAGAAGAUCCAGUGCUAGUACAGAUCAAUCAAAAAGUAGGUCAUCAAGUGCAAGUAGUAAGGAUAGGGUUCCAAAAUCUGCCAGGGUGCUAUCUUUCGUGGCAGCUGAUGAUAUGGACGAUUUUAAGAUUUUACAAGAAGGUUUUGAAGGUGCUAAUAAUGAGGCAGGUCAGAGCUGGUUGCCACCUUUAACUUCGAAUGAUGAAUCCAAACUGCCCAAAACGCCAGCUGAUCAAACCUCCUUUGAAGGAAUAUUUCUGCAUUCUAAGUCAUCUCAGAAAUCGACCUCCAGAGAAAGGACGCCUGAACCAGGCCCUAGCGAUUAUUCAAGACUUUCUCCUUUAAAAAAUGCAUCCGAUACAAAAAGCUACCUCGGAACCAAAAGGAACGACAUUUCUAAAGAAGAUCUACAUGUAGAACAGACAGAAUUGAUCAAUGAACAUAUUUCUCCAAUUUCAGUAGAAUUGCCUGAUUUCAAUGUACUUCCUGGUAAAACGUCUACAAGACCUUUAAAAUUGUACGGUAACUCCCUAGGUUUAUUCCCUCCAACUUCUGGACUACGUGUAAAAUUCGCCAAAAUCCAUCUUCAUGAAAGCUAUCGAGCUUUUUACGUUGUACUCCUAGCUUUUUUUACCGUGUUGCUCGCUCAUACAACGUACCAUCCUUCCAAUAUCAAUUUCCUUUAUAGAUUCCAUACUUGGUCUGACUACGUUAAUUUUACCCUUUUUAUAUUCUUUACAAUCCAUGAUCUGACAAAAAUAAUAGCAUUUGGCUUUUGGGAUGACUCUCAAAUGUUUCGAGCAACCGGUCGUAAAUACAAAACACUAGUAGAAAGGUUUGGAAUAGAGAAACUAUAUAAAUCACUGAGAGCUAAGUAUGGCUCAAAAAUUGUUGACUCCAUUUUUCCCUUUAAAGUUGUGUUGCAUCAUGAGACCGACAAAGAAUACUCUCUCAGGAGUUCCGUCACAGAUAUUGACAUGUUGCAGCCUAAAAUUGAGUAUAGGGAUAUGCCCAGAGCUUUUUCGCGUUCUUCUUGGAAUAGAAUUGACUUGAUGUCUACUAUAUGUUUUUGGAUUGGUAUGUUCUUUUCAAUAAAGGAUUAUGAUGAUAAAGUCGGUAUAAGAAUUUUCAAGCCUCUGGCUGUUUUCCGGAUUUUGAGAUUGGUCAAUACAGACACCGGUAUUUCAUCUAUAUUAAGGGCAUUAAAAUACGGUAUUCCUCAACUUGUCAAUGUUGGAUGGAUGCUAGUUUAUUUCUGGGUAUUUUUUGGUAUUUUGGGAGUUCAGAUAUUUCAAGGUUCCCUCAGAAGGCAAUGUGUUUGGAUAAAUCCUGAUGACCCAAACGACACAUAUCAAUACGAUAUGCAAUUUUGCGGGGGAUAUCUUGAACCUGUGACAGGCGCAAGGAUGAAUUAUGUUUUCCAUGAUGGUAAAGAUGGUAUGGCUUCAAAGGGCUUUUUAUGCCCCCAAUAUUCCAAGUGUAUCUCUAAUGCAAAUCCUUAUAACGGUAGAGUUAGCUUUGAUAAUAUUGUGAACUCUAUGGAAUUGGUGUUUAUAGUUAUGAGUGCAAACACUUUCACAGAUAUUAUGUAUUAUACCAUGGAUUCAGAUGAAAUGCCGGCCUGCUUGUUCUUUAUUGUUUCCAUUUUUGUUUUGACUAUUUGGAUGAUGAAUCUUCUCAUUGCAGUUCUUGUUUCUUCCUUCGAAAUGGCAAACGAAAAGUUUAAAAAGGAAAGGCUAGAGGCUCAUUCUAACGAAAGUUGGCCCGUACGGUUGUCAGUUGGAUAUUGGAAAUUUUUCAAGGUAAAGGCCUCAGUGACCAAAUUCCCAAAUUGGGCGGCAAAAGGACUCUCUGUUUAUGCUAAAACUGAAUGGGUUUUCGUUGCCUUAAUUUUAGCUGAUUUAAUUUUCAGAUGUGUGAUAAAUGCAGAAAGUUCUGAUGACACUCUCAAAAGGCUUUUCAGGCUCGAUAAAUCCAUCUCUGCCGUUUUACUCGUUGAAUCACUUAUCAGAUUUUUUCUUCAUAUUCCAAAUCUUUGGAAGUUUUUGACAAAGCCAGGAUAUAUAUAUGACCUGAUUGUUUCAAUUAUUACACUCAUUAUCAGCACGUUAGCAGAUAAAGGAAAAUUGGGGCAUAUUUACUUUUGGCUUUCCGUUUUUCAAAUUAGCCGUUUUUAUAGAGUUGUUUUGGUUAUUCCAUUAACUAGAAAGCUAUGGACAAUGGUGUUAAAGAACGGUGUUAUGAUAUGGAAUCUAACAUCUUUUUACUUUUUCUUUAUUUUUUUAGCAGCAAUCAUUUUGUCUGUAUACUUUGAGGGAGUGGUUCCAUCCAGUGAAGUAUCUGAUUAUCCGUUUGCAAUGUACUCACUUCCUAAUUCUUUUCUCUCUUUAUUUACAAUUGCUUCAACUGAAAACUGGACCAAUGUACUCUAUGUCCUGCAAGAUUAUUCGCCAAAUAUCUCUUCUGCAUUUUUUUGCUCAGUUCUACUCAUUAUGUGGUUUAUACUUUCAAACUCUGUCAUCCUAAAUAUUUUCAUUGCACUGAUCUCAGAUAGCAUGGAUGUUGACGAGAAUGAAAAGAGAUACAUGCAAAUAAAGCAUUAUUUGAAAUAUGUCUAUCCUCAAAAAAUACAAGACUAUACGCAUGCCACUCUCCUCCAGAGAAUAAGAAAGAAGUUUUUUAGGAAGCCAAAUCAAGAGGACUCAAGGGACUUUAAACAAUUUUUGAUGAGAGGAACAGCUAUCAUGAACAUUGCCCAUAAUAUGGGCGGAGACUUGGCGACUGAGUUUAACGACACAUCUGGCGAAAGGAUAAACGCUGCGAAUAAUUGGAUUAAUCGAAUUAUUACAGGGCUUUUCUCCCUUAACAGGUUGAGAAUGUUCUCUGAAAAUCCUUUCUACAAAAAACCAGAAGUUAUUUUCACAGAAAUAAACGAUCAGAAUGGAAAGUCGUUCGUAUUACAGCUGAACGAAUUUGAAGAGGAAAAACUGAAUUACCUUGAUAAACAUCCAUCGUUCAACUACUCUUAUUACAUUUUUUCCCCAAAACAUAGAUUCCGUAAGUUAUGUCAACGAUUGGUGGCUCCAAGUACAGGGAAGAGAACUGACGGUAGACACUUUUACGAGGAUGACACAGAUGCGUAUGAUAAAAGGCAUUAUUUUAAUAGAAUUGAAAGGGACUUUUUUGUUUUUAUUUAUGCAGCUGUCACUUUGUUACUCGUUGUCUGUUCCUGUUAUGUGACGCCCCUUUACAAAAUGAAGGAAAACAUUGAAACAUUCGAUUGGCCUUUUUAUCUUGACAUAACGUUUAUUUCGAUGUUUACCCUUGAAUUUAUUGUCAAAACGAUAGCAGACGGUUUUAUAUAUUCUCCCAAUGCAUAUGUUAGAAACCCGUGGAAUUGUAUAGACCUUGUUGUGCUUGUAUCUAUGUUCAUUUAUUUGGUGGCAUACUUAGAAAACAAUGGCAACAUAUCCAGAAUUUUUAAAGGACUGUCAGCAUUAAGAGCGCUAAGAUGUUUAACCAUAAGUAAUACCGCGAGACAAACAUUCAACUUAGUUCUUUUUGAUGGAAUAAAGAAUAUUUGCGAAGCUGCUUUGAUUUGUUUUAGCUUAUUGUUUCCAUUUGCUGUAUGGGGAUUGGGCCUCUUUAGAGGACGUCUGAGCACAUGUAACGAUUCAGAUCUGUCGAAGGCUGAAUGUUUUAAUGAAUUUACAAAUACUGUUUUCAAUAGAGAUAUCAUGAUGCCCAGAGUGUACAGUCAGCCCUACUUACAUUUUGACAGUUUUUCGAAAAGUUUCAAGUCUCUUUACGAGAUCAUCUCGUUGGAAGGAUGGGUAGAUCUGCUAAGUAAUCUGAUGAACAGUACAGGAGUAGGAACUCCCGCUUCCGACCUCGCUACUCCUAGUAAUGCUGUCUUUCUGAUUCUCUUCAACUUUUUGAGUAUGGUGUUCAUUUUAAAUCUCUUUGUGUCUUUUAUUAUAAAUAACCAUAAGAGAACGACUGGAAGCGCUUAUCACACAGUAGAGGAAAAGUCGUGGUUAGAAUCGGUGAAGCUAUUAUCUCAAGCAAAACAGAGGGUGAGGCCGAGCUUGAUGGAACUUCCAAAAUCAAGGCAAUUUUUUUAUCAACUUGCGGUCGAGAAGAAUAAUUUCUAUUAUGCAACUCUGCUGCAAAUAGUGCUGUAUAUUCACAUUGUUAUGUUGUUGAGUUUAUCGUACAGCGAGACCGGUACUUCAUUAGGAUACGAUGAAAAGUAUUUCAUGUUUUCUACGUCGGUAUUUAUGCUUCAAGAGGUGUUUUAUAUUUAUGGAGAAAGUUUACCUUUGUACUUGAGUCAGAAAUGGAAUGUAUCCCGAUUUAUCUUUAUUUGUACUUCAUUUAUUUUGACAAUCCUGGGCCUUAAUAUUCCUCUCGAGUAUGCCUGGUUUCACAAUGUUAACGAUUUUUUCCACUUGGCAUAUUUUCUUUUUAUUAUACCACAGAAUGACACUUUAAGUGAGCUUCUAGAAACCGCAAUGGCAAGUUUACCUCCUAUUCUCUCACUUACGUAUACAUGGGCUAUUUUAUUUCUAGUUUAUGCUAUUGCACUAAAUCAAAUUUUCGGAUUGACUAGGCUUGGCCCAAACACUACUGAUAAUAUUAAUUUCAGAACGGUUAUCAAAAGUUUAAUAGUUCUUUUCAGAUGCAGUUUCGGUGAAGGGUGGAAUUAUAUUAUGGAUGAUUUAACAGUUUCAAAGCCUUUCUGUUAUUAUGGAGAAUCUGGUUAUGGUGACUGCGGAUCAAAUACCUAUGCGUAUUUAUUAAUGAUGUCAUGGAAUGUUUUAUCGAUGUACAUUUUUAUCAACCUGUUCAUUUCCCUAGUUAUUGGGAACUUCAGUUAUGUAUAUAGGCGAAGUACUUCUCAUUUUGCUGUUAAUAGGAUGGAAAUUAGAAAAUAUGUUAACGCAUGGUCCAAAUUUGAUUCUGAUGGUACAGGUGAGAUAGAAUUUUCCUAUUUGCCGAAGUUAAUGCAUUCUUUUGAUGGUACUUUUUCAUUCAAAAUUUGGGAAGGUAGAUUAAGCGUUAAAAACUUGGUAAAAAAUUACAUGACAGUGAAUCCAGACGAUCCCUAUGAUGUUAAGGUUGAUUUGGAAGGUUUAAAUAGGGAGCUUGACACUGUGGAUAAGGCAAAGAUUAUUCAAAGGAAGUUGCAAUAUAGACGUUUCGUUCAAGAGGUUCAUCAUACAAAUUCAUAUCGUGGUGCAAUAAAGUUCGGUAAUUUACUUCAAUUAAUACCAUUAUACACAAGUUACAACCCUCGAGAGUGUUUAGGAAUUGAUGAGUAUGUCCGCUAUUUGUAUAAUUUGGGUAAAGUUGAUAAAUUCUUGGACAAUCAAAGAAAUGUUGACGUACUGGAUAUGGUUGUUACGAGAUGGAAAUACCAUCUAAGAAACAAGAGAAGAGACUUGGAUGAAGAUCUUAUUUUCUCUCAAGAACUGCAAGUUUUGCAUAAUUCCGAUUCAGAAGAUUCAGUUGAUAUUUAUCCAUUGUCUACACCAAGAAUGGAUUUUGGUGUCGAUAACUUUUUAUGGUCACCGGGUCUCAAAAGAGACGGAAACAACAAAUAA